GUCUCCACGGAUUAUGUGGACAUAUCGUUGAGCGAAAGCAGUAGCUGAUUGAUUUGGAUACAUGCCGUGUUCUUACAAUGAAAAGCUGACAGCUCGAAACGAAGUUGAGUUAAUACGAUAUAUAUUUAACUGUAUGUAUUAGGGCCUGAGUCAGAAUGAUGUCAGAAUGCGACCUGACAGAGACAGAGACCGGCGAGCCAGUGCUGGACACGGGGGAAACAGCGGUGCCAGUGCUGGAGUCUAACUUUCACUCCAUAGACCCUCCAAAGGUGUUAUUUGACAGGAACCGGAUAGGUCUGACAACUGGGGCGAACCCCGGUGGCGCCAUACGUAUUUCGGACUCUUGUGAAAGCGUGUUGACCGAACUAGAGACAGAGGGCUCCGGCGAAGAGGCGCUGCUGUUACCGUGCUUAGCAGGAAGCUCGUCGUCUCCGAGAGGUGUAAAAGAAAAGCGGAGCAGGCGGUACAGGCACAGCUCGUCUUCGGAUAAAGAUGCAUUAGCCUCCCCGGGUACCAACAGUGGAGAUUUCAACCAUUUCCCUGAUGACCCCGAGUUUGCAGAUAUUAUCCAAAGGGCAGAGCAAGCCAUUGAGAGUGGCGUCUUUCCAGAGAGGAUUUCCCAGGGCUCAAGUGGGAGUUACUUUGUCAAAGACCCAAAAGGGAAAAUCAUUGGUGUUUUUAAACCAAAGUCAGAGGAACCUUAUGGUCAUCUGAAUCCAAAAUGGACCAAAUACUUUCACAAGCUUUGCUGUCCAUGUUGUUUUGGCCGAGGGUGCUUGUUACCUAACCAGGGUUAUCUGUCAGAGGCUGCUGCUUCACUGGUUGACACCAAACUCGGUCUUGGUGUGGUGCCAAAAACCAAGGUGGUGUAUUUGGCCAGUGAGACAUUCCACUACAACGCCAUAGACAGAGCAAAGUCCAGGGGGAAGAAGUACGCCCUAGAGAAAGUCCCCAAAGUGGGGCGACGCUUCCACAGAGUGGGCCUCCCACCCAAGGUGGGCUCAUUUCAGCUGUUUGUGGAGGGUUAUCGUGAAGCCGACUACUGGCUGCGACGCUUUGAGGCAGAACCACUGCCAGAGAAUAUCAGGAAGCAGCUGCAGUCGCAGUUUGAGCGGCUGGUGGUGCUAGACUAUGUUAUCAGAAACACAGAUCGAGGGAAUGACAACUGGUUGAUCAAGUACGAGACACCAGGAGAAGGAGAGGGAGAAGAACAAAAGGAUGCAGAAUGGACAGAGAACAUUCAGGACUCCUGCAUCAAGAUCGCAGCAAUUGACAACGGCCUGGCCUUCCCCUUUAAACACCCGGAUGAAUGGAGAGCCUAUCCAUUCCACUGGGCAUGGCUUCCUCAGGCCAAGGUACCCUUCUCCCAGGAGACCAGAGACCUUGUGCUGUCCCGCCUCUCUGACAUGAACUUUGUUCAGGAUCUCUGUGAGGACCUCUAUGAGAUGUUCAAGACAGAUAAAGGCUUUGACAAAGCCAUGUUUGAGAGACAGAUGUCCGUCAUGAGAGGACAGGUGUUGAACCUGACCCAGGCGUUGAAGGACGGGAAGAGCCCCCUCCAACUGGUGCAGAUGCCUCGGGUGGUAGUGGAGCGCAGCCGCUCAGGUGGCCAAGGUCGUGUGGUCACUUUGGGGAAUGCGUUUACACAAACCUUCCACUGCAAGCGGCCAUUCUUUUCCUCCUGGUAGUCGGAGAAGGAUGACGAGGGGAGCAGAGGAGAAGCGUCUGCUUUUUGUCCACACAUCGCUCCUGAAGUAAAGAAAGUGAGAGAAACUUAAACUGGAAACUGUUCAUAUUUGUCCUCGGCAGGAAGGAAAUGAAGAAGGAUACGGUAAUGAUGGAAAAUAAGAUGAGAAAUAUUUUGUGAGGAAAUUGACUUGAGGCCAAUUCCUCAUUUGAGGAGAGUGCAGGGAACCGUGGGAGCUGGAGAGAUUAGCAUACCACCGUCUCCUAGAGAGACCUUAGGGCUGUUUGUGGUUACUAUGGCAACUUGAUUAGAUAAUCAGCUUUUUCACAGAGGUGGGCUUUGUUUAUUGUUAGGAAGCUGAAAGUUGUUUUUUUUUUUGUUUUGUUUUUCAAACCAAGCUACCUACUGAAGGUCUCUCAAUAAUGUAGUGCGUUGAUGGCCAAAGAGCAAGCACCUAAAUACCACAAACUAACAGCACAGUGGUCCUGGUAGUGUUUGGGAAUCUUAAAGAAGUUUCUCUUGGUCGACAUUGUUCCUCAUCUGGGAUAAAGUACAAAACAUUUGCUUUGCCUUAUAGGAUUACUUAGUGAAAUAUAGAUGUGCACUUACACUGCUGGAAGUGUUUGACCAGUUCCACCCAGCUGGGCCAAAACACACUUAACCCAGCUUCAAAACCACGUGUUAAACAACGACAGUGUCUUCAAUUCUCAGUGCUGCCAAAAUCUUUGUUGAAGGAAUAUUGAAGAGCUUCAAGACAAGAAAAUUGUUGAAACUUGAAUUUGGAGGAAGUGGAGGACUGCAAAUAAACACUUUGCUUGAAUGUAAUCUGUUUACCGUUUAUACACAGAAUUUUGCUCCUAAACAUUUCAGUACAAGAGAAUUCUGUAAGAAAUAGACUUCUCAUUACUAUGAAUGUAUUUGUUGUUUGACUUGUAUUUAAUUGCUGGUAAGCAGCUUUCUCUUGAAUCUUGUGGCAUGGGGGGGUCGCAACUCUCCUUGCUUUUUAUAUUGUACUCUGUGAAGAGGAAAAACUAAAUUGAGGAGACUUGCUUGAUGCCAUUCUGUUUUCUUAUGUAUGCAUCUUGAAGUUUUUAUUCCAACUCAGUGACUAUAUGGGAUAAGUUGUAUAUUUAACAGAUUAAAAAAACAAUAAAAUUU